CGGCGGAGUGCGUCAUCCCGUUGGCGGGUUGGGGCGCGGCGAGGGGUGCGGCGCGCACCUUCGAGGAAGAGAUGUUGGAGAAGCAGAUGCGGGAGUGCGACGCGGCGGCGGAGGCGGCGCGUCAAGCGGCGAGGCAGGCGGCGGAGGCGGCGGCCGAGGCAGCGGCGGCCGAGGCGGUAGCGGCCGAGGCGGCGGCCGAGGCGGCGGCGGCGGAGGCGGCGGCCGAGGUGGCGGCGGCUGAGGCGGCGAUGGCCGAGCUCAGGCGGGAGCGCGCCGCGUUGGACAGCGCCACGCUGCCGCAAAAGGUGGACGCCAUCUGCAUUGCGCUCGAGAUCCCGCGCGAGGGCGCUACCAGCACCAUUGGUGGUGCUGUGGCAAAGGCAAACGCGAUGGCGGGACUGGAGGACGUGGGCGGGCUGCUUCGCCAAGUGGAGAGGCUCCUUGACACACUAAUCGGCGCGUGACCGCCUCUCGAAAAAUGCUCGCGGGGGGGGGGGGGUCCGAGAAGAUCGGUAUUUUCUACGUGUGAUGUGUGUGUGUGGAUGGGGAGAGGAUGAGGAUGGCCCCUGAGUUCGCUUCACAUGCGUGAUACUGUAGCGGCUUGUGUUGCACGUAUGUGUGCACAGCGUGUGCGUGACCGUGUGAGUUUUUGACACACUCAAGCUUGUGUGUUGUGAGAAGAGCUUCGAGCCGUG